GUUUUAGCUGGCCUGUAUAAUCCAGGAGACGGUCAUAUUGAUCCCUAUUCUCUCACUAUGGCCUUGGCUGCAGGAGCCAGAAAAUAUGGUGCCCAGUUAAAUUACCCUGUCCAAGUGACUAAUCUGAACUCCAGAUCAGAUGGAACAUGGGAAGUUGAAACUCCGCUUGGAAUAAUACGAGCAAAGAGAAUUGUGAAUACUGCAGGCUUCUGGGCCCGUGAAAUAGGCAAGAUGAUUGGCCUGCAGCACCCUCUCAUACCUGUUCAUCAUCAGUAUGUUGUGACAUCAACUAUCCCAGAAGUGAAAGCCCUAAAAACAGAAUUGCCUGUGAUUCGUGACUUAGAAGGAUCAUAUUAUCUAAGGCAAGAAAGGGAUGGUCUUUUAUUUGGUCCAUAUGAAAGUGAGGAGAAGAUGAAGUUGCAGGACUCAUGGGUAACAAAUGGAGUUCCACCAGGUUUUGGAAAAGAACUUUUUGAACCUGAUUUGGACAGAAUAAUGGAGCACAUUGAGGCUGCUAUGGAAAUGGUUCCAGUUCUGAAAAAUGCAGACAUCAUAAACACAAUUGCAGGUCCUAUCACCUAUUCUCCGGACAUUCUUCCUAUGGUGGGACCACAUCAGGGUGUCAGAAAUUAUUGGGUAGCUAUUGGUUUUGGGUAUGGCAUUAUACAUGCUGGUGGCAUAGGAAAGUACCUCAGUGACUGGAUCCUUCAGGGGGAGCCUCCAUUUGACCUGAUAGAAUUAGAUCCCAACCGCUAUGGAAAGUGGACCACCACAGAAUACACAGCAGCCAAAGCCAGAGAAUCUUAUGGUUUCAAUAACAUUGUUGGUUACCCUAAAGAAGAAAGAUUUGCUGGGAGACCAACAGAGAGAACCAGUGGGCUGUAUGAUUUGCUGAAAUCAAAAUGUUCAAUGGGCUUUCAUACAGGAUGGGAGCAACCUCAUUGGUUCUACAAACCUGGAGAUGAGACUGGAUAUAAACCCAGUUUUCGGCGCACAAAUUGGUUUGACCCUGUGGGUCGUGAGUAUAAACAGGUUAUGGAAAAAGUUGGUGUGAUUGACCUGUCACCAUUUGGCAAGUUUAAAGUAAAAGGCACAGAUUCUGUUAAGCUGCUGGAUCAUCUAUUUGCAAAUGUUGUUCCAAAGGUGGGUUCCACAAAUAUAAGCCAUAUGUUAACACCGAGAGGAAAAGUUUAUGCUGAGCUAACAGUCUCUCAACUGUCUCCUGGAGAAUUUAUGCUUGUAACUGGCUCGGGUUCAGAACUCCAUGAUCUGAGAUGGAUAGAAGAGGAAGUAACAAGAGGUAGCUAUAAAGUUGAAAUAGAAAACAUGACAGAUGAGAUGGGAGUACUUGGUGUAGCAGGUCCAUAUGCCCGACAGAUCCUCCAGAAGCUGACAAGUGAGGAUCUGAGUGAUGGUUCAUUUAAGUUUCUCCAGUCUAGACACUUGAAACUUUCUGAUAUUGCUGUUACUGCCAUAAGGAUAUCAUACACAGGUGAAUUGGGCUGGGAGCUCUAUCACAGAAAAGAAGAUUCUCUAGCUCUUUACAGUGCAAUCAUGGAAGCUGGCCAAAAAGAGGGAAUUGACAACUUUGGAACAUAUGCUCUGAAUGCUUUGCGGCUGGAAAAGGGUUUCCGAGCCUGGGGGGCAGAGAUGAACUGUGACACUAAUCCCUUGGAAGCUGGGCUGGAAUACUUUGUCAAGCUAAACAAGCCAGCAGACUUUACAGGAAAGCAAGCACUGAAGCAGAUUAAAGAAAAGGGGCUCAAAAGACGACUGGUAUAUCUCACCCUAGAAACGGAUAACGUGGAUCCAGAGGGAAAUGAAAGUGUGUGGCAUAAUGGCAAGGUUAUUGGCAACACCACAUCUGGAAGUUUCAGUUACAGUGCUCAGCAGAGUCUGGCUUUUGCGUAUGUUCCCACAGAACUCAGCAAAGUUGGACAGAAAUUGGAAGUUGAACUUCUAGGAAAAAAUUACCCAGCAGCCAUUGUACAAGAGCCACUGGUGCUGACCGAACCAACAAGAAUGCGAUUGCAAAGAAAGGGUGAAAGUCCCAAAGUAUAAAGACAGAUGAGGAUACAGGAAACUGCAGCAGGAAAUAGUUCCAUUAAUAUGCAUGAAAUUUAGAGAGACAAAAUACUCCGGUUUGCUAACUACUAGACACAAGAUCCUCAUUGCCAUAUAUCAGUGAUAAAUUUGAUGGUGUUACCCUCUUGCUUCCUUGUAUGGGCUAUUCACAUCAGAGAUCUGAGCAGAGUUCACUAUGCAUUCUCUCUUCUCAGUAGCACUUGUGAGCAGAAAGUGG